AUGGGACUCCCCAAAUAUUAUACACCAAGGGAGGUGUCAAGUCACAGUUGCAUCAAUGAUGUUUGGGUGUCAUAUCUGGGUGAAGUGCAUGAUCUAACAUCUCUGGUACAGGAGAAUAAAGGAAACAUACUCAUCUGGCCUAUUAUCACCUCUGCCGGGAAAGACAUAAGUCACUGGUUUGACCCUGAGACAAAAGAUAUCCGCACCCACAUUGACCCUAUGACAGGAUGCAAAAAAUAUUACACUCCAUAUGGCCGGUUUCUUCAUAUUCCACCUCCUUUACCCCGCACUGACUGGCAAAAUGACUUUGGUUGUCCCUGGUGGAAGGACAGGAAGUACCACAUUGGGAGUCUGACAAUCAAAACAAGAAAUAUCCGCAUUAUAAAUACACUGACAUCUCAAGAAAACACUUUAGAGUUACACUUGGAAGUAUGA